AUGUUAAAAAUAUAUUUGUGUUUAAUAUCAUUUAUUUUAUGUUAUUAUUUCGGAAAAUGUGACCAACCAUAUUUUCCUUCCCAAAUUGUUUUUUCUCCUGAUAAUGGUCGAACAAUAAUUGCAGUCGAUGAAAUAAAUCAACGAGCAUAUAAAACAUUACCUUAUGGUUCUACAGGACACGAAACUUCAUACGUUUUGGAACAUUUUCCAUAUGCAGAAUCUGAUUCUCCACAAUCAAAAUAUUAUGUUCAAUUAUUAAUAGAUUCUCCACCUCUUGGUUGUAUGUAUGGAACAUAUUGGAAAUAUGGUGGAAAUGUAUUUAAUUCAUUUCCAUCACAUUGGCUUAAUGGAACUUCAUUUAAAGUUGGAAAUUAUAUUCAAUUUAAAUAUCAAAUGAUACAUUCAGAUAGUUCUUCUCAAGAUGAAGAUUAUUGGUAUUCCAAUGUAACAUGUCAAAUUGAUGGUGGAGCAACUUAUCCAUGUGAAGAAAUUUAUUUUAAAAAGAAUACUCAAAUUCCUUUUCGAUUAACUCAAGUUCUUCGUCAAGGGUGGACAGUUAAGCAAGUAAUAACAAAUUAUAAAGUAAUAUCAAUGGGAAAACCAGAUGAUAAAUUCUUUGAUUCAAUACCUAAAAAUUGGUCUGCCGUUUGUCGAGAUGUUAUGCUUGGUCUUUUAUAUUAUCCACAAACAUCAAAAAUAAUUUUAAAUCAAAGUGCAAAAGUUCAAAUUUGGCUUAUAACUCCACCACAUCGAAUUAGUGGAAAUGAUACUGUUCGUAUUCAAUGGAACCCAACUCAAUGUAAUGAUUGUUUUACAUGGACACCAAAGGAAUUAGAUUUUAAUGAGAAAAAUUUUCAAGAAAGACAAACAUUAACAAUAACUCGUAUCAAAGAUGGACCAGAAACAACUCUUAUUCCAAUUUUUAAUGGUGGAGGUUUUGAUACAGUUCCACCUAACAUUUAUCCUAUUUUUAUUCAAUAA